AUGCCCUACAAGAAGCUCAGUCAGGACUUCUGUGCCUCCCACGCAGCCACUCUCGCCGUAUUCAACACCACAAAAGAACUGGAUUUCCUGAAACGCUAUUCAGACCACUCUCAAUAUUGGAUUGGUUUGAGCAGAAGACAGGGGCACACUUGGCAGUGGAUAGAUGGAACCGUACACAGUGGUUGGUUUAAAAUAAUUGGAAUCGGAGAAUGUGCCUAUCUACAUAAAACUGGCGUCAGCAGUGCAAGCAGCCAUUUGGUUAGAAAAUGGAUUUGCAGCAAACCAGACACAUAUACAACAGGAAGUUAA